AUGGAAGAGUCCACGAUUGUUGAUGUGGAAGUGGAAGCAGGGUUUCUGCUGGUUGAUGAAAAUAAAGUGGAUUGGAAAGGAAGAAAAGCUCGUAAAUUCCAAUAUGGGGGGAUGAGUGCUGCUGUGCUCAUACUAGCUAUGAUUGGUUUCGAGAAUAUGGGAACAUUUUCACUAGCAGUGAACUCGGUACCAUACUUCAGCGGGACGAUGCAUUAUAGUAUACCAGAUUCAGCUAACAUGCUGACCAACUACAUGGGAACCGGUUACAUACUCGCUAUUCCAGUGGCAAUCCUUGCUGACACAUGGAUUGGCAGAUACAGAUCUGUUCUAAUUUCUGGGGUCUUAGAGUUUGUGGGACUUGCAUUGCUUACAGUGCAAGCACACUUUUCCAACCUUAAGCCACCCUUAUGCAACGUUUAUGAUAGAACUGCUCACUGCAACACACCGAGUGGUGGCCAAGAAGCUCUUCUGUACAUUGGCCUAUACCUGUUGGCUUUUGGCAGUGCAGGAGUGAAAGCUGCUCUCCCAUCACAUGGUGCAGACCAGUUUGAUGAAACGGAUCCUGAUGAAGCAAGGAAAAUGUCCACCUUCUUUAACGCUCUCUUGUUGGCUGUUUGCAUGGGUGGUGCAGUCAGCUUAACGUUCAUUGUGUGGAUACAAAUCAACAAGGGGUGGGAAUGGGGCUUUGGUAUUGGCACCAUAGCCAUAUUUUUGGGUAUCAUUAUCUUUGCAGCUGGAUUGCCACUCUACAGAUUUCGUGUUAGCCAAGGAACAAAUGCUUUCAUUGAGAUCAUACAGGUCUACGUUGCUGCAAUCCGCAAUAGGAACCUCCUUCUUCCUGAAGAUCCAGCAGAACUAUAUGAGAUUGAACAGGACAAGGAAGCUGCUGAGGAGAUAGAGUUUCUACCUCAUCGAGACGUUCACAGGUUCUUAGACAGAGCAGCCAUCCAAAUAAAAGAUGGUGUGGAAUCUGAUAAACCACCAAGCCCGUGGAAACUUUGUAGGGUCACCCAAGUAGAAAAUGCCAAAAUUAUUCUUGGCAUGGUCCCAAUAUUCUGCUGCACCAUUAUAAUGACCCUUUGCCUAGCUCAGCUGCAAACCUUUUCAAUCCAACAAGGCUACACCAUGGACACCACUUUGACCAAGCAUUUUAAAAUCCCACCUGCAUCCCUCCCAAUCAUCCCAGUUUGUUUCCUAAUCAUCAUUGUUCCUAUCUAUGACCGGAUUUUUGUGCCUGUCAUGCGCAAUGUCACUGGUGUUCCUACUGGGGUUACUAACUUGCAGCGCAUAGGAGUUGGUCUAGUACUCUCUUGCAUUUCCAUGGCUGUGGCUUCAAUUGUAGAGGUGAAAAGAAAAAGAGUGGCCAGAGACAACAACAUGCUCGAUGCUGUGCCAAUAGCUAUGCCAUUGCCUAUAAGCACAUUUUGGCUCUCUUUUCAGUACUUUAUAUUUGGCAUAGCUGACAUGUUUACUUAUGUGGGGCUGCUUCAGUUUUUCUAUUCAGAGGCACCAAAAGGACUUAAAUCUACAUCAACCUGCUUCCUUUGGAGCUCUAUGGCACUUGGUUAUUUUGCUAGUACCAUAGUGGUAAAAAGUGUGAAUGGAGCCACCAAGCAUAUCACAAGGAGUGGGGGCUGGUUAGCAGGGAACAAUAUUAAUAGAAACCAUCCACGUAAUCAUCGCUGCAUGUACACGUGGAACCAAAACCUCUACACUCUGCCACGUAACAUCGCUGCAUGUCCACGUGGAACCAAAGCCUCAAUCCACGUUCUCCGUCUUCGGCUUAUAUAG